GAUUUCCCCCCACCGCGGCUUUGAGGAGCAUCUCGGGUCGGGGGCGCACGUAGGUGACCGGCGGCACCCCGAGGCCGAGGGGCCGGUCAGGCGGGUUCCCCCCUCUCCCGAAGGGAGGCUGGAGGAGGAGAUUUUAAUACAACGGGUUUCGUUGUGUUGGGUCUGUUGCGGGGGCUCGCCUGCCGUCCCGUGAGGAGAGCCGGUGGGGUUGUUGGGGAAUGGCGGCUUUAGUCGGGGACGAGGUAGUAAAUGCUGAAAUCACAGCUGGAAAACGCAAGCGUCUUAAACUCUGACUCCAUCUUAAUUUUUAGCAUACUGAAAACGUGGAGGUAUUUAAUUUGGCCGUCAUCUUAUGUUGAUGUACUGCAGCAAAAAUAGGUAAAAUUCAUAGCCCUUCUCCACAAAGCUAGAUCUGUUCCAGAAAUAGUUGUGAUUCCUCAUUUAUUUGUUUAUUUGGCUUGCUUUCUUAAGCACCGAAAUAGGGGGAAUGUGGAAAAGAGAGGUCUUAAGAUACAGUCAGAAAACAAGUCCUGCUUUUUAAUUGCCAGCUGGUCCUUAAAACUGGUUUCAGACUUCAGUGGCUUAGACAGCUGUACAGAUUCUGGGUUUGGUCUGUGUAUUCUUAAUAUAACUUCUGCUUUCCUUCACCAAUGUUACUUUUUGGGUUUCAGUUCACAGAAAUGAUGUCUCUUGAUAUAUCUGACGGUGCUCAAAUCUAUGCUGCUUUUGUGGUAUACCUGGACCUCUUAGAAGGGAGAAACUGGCAUGAAGUGAAGCACGUCGGAGUAGCAGAACUGCAACUUGUAUGUUUACAUGCACGUGAAAGAGAACAGGACAGUCUCCAAGUGAUGGUGCCAGUACCUGUGCACAUAUCUUUAAGCCACGAGAGGAUAAGAGAAAUUAUGAAGAAAGCAUCUCUCCCACAAGAUGAUCCCGACACCCCGCUGUCAGUUACCUUGGCCAUAGUUGAGUCAGAUUCCACAGUAGUGUACUAUAAAAUGACUGAUGGCUUUGUAAUACCAGAUCCUCCUGAUGGUACUGAAGAUGUGGAUGAUAAACAGUGGAGAAAGAAAAGAAAGAAGCUUUUCAAAUGAUUAAGACAAACAGACUUUUCUUGAACUACUGCCCUCAAACCUAAGCAAAUCCAGGAACUUAUGUAUGUAAAUAAGUAGUGUGCUAAAGUCUGCCUUCUGCAUAUCAAGCAUCUGUUCAGGGAGAACAGAGGCUUGUGCAGCUGCAGUGUAAUGAAACGCCAUUUAAAGUAUGAAA